AUGAUUGCACGUCAUAUCUCUGACAGCUUUGACCGCAUUUUCUGGCCGGAGACUGACUUAACCUUAUUUCUUUUCGGGAAUGUCACUCUUUGUCUCUGCUGCUCCGUUUCUGCUGUCACCCACGACACGCUUAACAGAGAGAAAUAUUGCCAUUUCACUAUAACCAGCUCUUUCUUUUCCAUCUCUCACUUAUCUCACCCAAUUUCUUUAUCUAUUUCUGUCACUAAUUACUUUUCUCUCUUUUUCUCUCUAAAUUUCUAUACCUCUCUUUUUUUUCGCUCUCUCGUAAGAAAAGGAAAGAUGCUUUUUCUUUUUACAUCUGUUUUGAUUUCUCGUUAUCUCUCCUUCCAUUACUUUCUUUUUCUUUCUAUCCAGCUCCUUAAUACUUUUUCUGGUUUUUCUAACAUUCCAACUCUAUCUCAUCUUCUCGUUCUUUCUCUCCCUCUCUUUAUCUCUUCCUUCCCUUUUUCGAACUCUCUCUAUUUCAUUCUAUCGUUUCACCUCUCUCUAAAUCUUUCUCUUCUUCUCGCUCGCAUUCUCUUUUUCCUUCUCAAUCCAAACGCAACAGCUUCGGUUGAAAUUCGAACUCACCUCCCCAGAGUUAAUUUCGAGGCGUAUACGUUCCUCCCUCUCUCUCAUUCUCUACCUAUCUAUCUAGCUCAUUCUGUUCAUAUCUAUCUAUCUAUCUAUCUAUCUAUCUAUCUAUAA